AUGUCGCUCGUGUCCGGCGAGAAGACGAACUUCCAGUACAUCUUGCGUCUGCUCAACACCAAUGUUGACGGCAAGCAGAAGAUCAUGUACGCCUUGACCCAGAUCAAGGGUGUCGGCCGUCGUUACUCCAACUUGGUUUGCAAGAAGGCCGAUGUUGAUCUGAGCAAGCGCGCUGGUGAGCUCACCACCGAAGAACUCGAGCGUAUCGUCACCAUCCUCCAGAACCCCACCCAGUACAAGAUCCCCUCCUGGUUCCUCAACAGACAGCGCGACAUCGUCGAUGGCAAGGACUCCCAGGUUCUGUCCAACGGUCUGGACAGCAAGCUCCGUGAGGAUCUUGAGCGCCUGAAGAAGAUCCGCUCCCACCGUGGUCUGCGUCACUACUGGGGUCUCCGUGUCCGUGGUCAGCACACCAAGACUACCGGCCGCCGUGGACGCACCGUCGGUGUCAGCAAGAAGAAGGGCUAA